AUGGAGAUGAAAGAAAUAAGCUGUGAUCACAGCACUGAAGUCUGCAAAACAAGCCAUGAUGAGAGUGAGGGUGAGAGUGAUGAAACUUGCAAGCUAAACAAGGGGAGUGGAAGCUCAAGCAAUAGCACAGUGGAAGAGAGUGAAAAGAAGGAAGCUAAAUCAUCAGGACCUGUACGACAAUAUGUGCGUUCUAAGAUGCCAAGACUCCGGUGGACUCCUGAUCUCCAUCUUUGCUUUGUUCACGCAGUUGAAAGACUAGGAGGUCAAGAAAGAGCAACACCCAAGUUGGUACUUCAACUAAUGAACAUCAAGGGUCUUAGCAUCGCUCAUGUGAAGAGCCAUCUCCAGAUGUAUAGGAGCAAGAAGAUGGAUGACCACAAUCGAGUUACGACAGAACAAGGGCUUUUUAUGGAAGGCGGAGAUCACAAUAUCUACAACCUUAGCCAACUUCCCAUGUUACAAAGUUUCCGUCAAAGACCUUCUUCUGGUUUAAGAUAUAUUGAUGAUGGUUUCCGGAGAGGUCAAGAGAGCCAGAUUUAUAGGAGUGGAGUAUAUGGUUCAGUGACACAGAGAAUAAUCGGAAGCAAUUACAAAAACAAUAUUUCAGAAAAGUUAAAUCCAGAGAUGAGUGAUUCAUUUUUCAAAGGACAAGCUACUUGGUGGACAAGGCAUCAAAGUUUAUUGAACAAUGAUGCUGGCUGUCGGAUUGAUAAAAAUGGGAGAAUAGUUGAUGAAGAAGCGCAAAACAAAGAAGUGAAAAGGAAGGCUUGGGAUUCGGAUUCAGAUGGCGGCAUAGAUUUGAAUUUAUCUCUUAAAGCACCAAACAAAUUGGAUGAAUUUGAAAAGGGUUCGGAUAAUGGUGGUGAUGGGGUUAACGUUGUUAGUAGUUUGUCUCUUUCAUUGUCUUCAUCUCCAACCUCAAAGCUUGGCAGGUUCAAGGAAGAAGAUGGUCAUGAUACGAAGAGAACUCUGGAUCUGACUUUAUGA